UAUUGACACAAAUAUAGUAAUUCAUCAUUUAAAUAAUCAAGUAUUAAAUCGUUUAAGAACAGAUGAAAGUUAUAUUUUUUAUGUUUGUAGAACAACAUUUAAUGAACUUGUUAAUCAAGGGAGAUGUUUUAAUUUAUAUGAUGAAGGUAUAAAUAUAUUAAAAACUCCAGGAUUAUCAUAUGAUAGAAAACGUAUGAUCUAUGAAGAUUAUUAUAAAAAUGUAUUAGAAAAUCGGAUACCAACCAAAAAUGGAGAAUUAUAUGGAGAUUAUAAUCUGUAUUAUGAACAACAUAAAUCAUCAUGUCAUAGUGAUAACAAUGAUUUCUAUAUAUAUCUCGAAUGUGCAUUAGGUACCAAAUAUAUUUAUCAUGACAGUAAUAAUAAUGAAGAAUUAAAUUUUCUAUUUAUAACUGAUGAUCGUCAUCUAGUAAAUGUAUUAUUAGAAACAAAAUCUAGAAAAGGUCGUUAUGUUUUACAUUCAUUUAUAUCGGAUUUAGACAUUGAUCGUCUAAAUAUUAAGCAUAUUUCUCAACUAUAA